CAAGCGGCGAAGGAGGCGGGGGCCUCCAGAGGGUGGAAGGAGGGAGGCGAAGGGCGGGGCAAGGAGGCCCAAGCGAGGGACUAGACUCCGACUCUGACUUUCCGCGACUCUCGACCCAGGAGUCCAGGUCUCCAGCCUCCUGCACCAGUAGGAUUCGGGUGUCUCACCUGUCCCUGUUCCGCUAGUGGGGACUCCACUUCCUGAUUCCCCCCCAGCCAGGGCUCCCCUGCAGCUAUGUCCGUCCUCCUGCUGGUGGUCUCGGCCCUUCACAUCCUCAUCCUCAUCCUGCUUUUCGUGGCCACUUUGGACAAGUCCUGGUGGACUCUUCCCGGCAAGGAAUCCCUGAAUCUGUGGUACGACUGCACAUGGAACAGCAGCACCGAAGCUUGGACCUGCAGUAAUGUCAGCGAGAAUGGCUGGCUGAAGCCAGUGCAGGUCCUCAUGGUGCUCUCCCUCAUCCUCUGCUGCCUCUCCUUCAUCCUGUUCAUGUUCCAGCUCUAUACCAUGAGGCGAGGAGGGCUCUUCUAUGCCACUGGCUUCUGCCAGCUUUGCACCAGCGUGGCAGUAUUCACUGGAGCCCUGAUCUAUGCCAUCCACUCCAAGGAGAUCCUGAAGCAUCACCCGCCUGGGGGCAGCUUCGGCUACUGCUUUGCCCUGGCCUGGGUGGCCUUCCCCCUUGCCCUGGCCAGCGGCAUCAUCUACAUCCACCUGCGGAAGCGGGAGUGAGCACCCUGCGUUGCCUGCUCCCGGCCCUUCCGCUGCACCCCGAAGCCCCCGUCCCCGACUGUCUUCCAGAAAAUAAAACCAUCUAACCACGG